AGUACGAACAGUUUCAAACUGUACGAUUUUGAUGAUUUUUCCAAAAGAUCAUCUGCACAAUUGUUCUGAUUUUUUCCAAUUUGUUAGGUAUUAAUUGAUUUAGUAGAUAAUUAGUUAGGUCCGGUUAAGAAAAGCACCAAAAUGUACACUGUUUAAUUGUACACUGCUCCGAGAUAAUAAUAAUUACAUUGUAAUGCCACCGCGCCUUUAUAAUAUUUUAUUUUACCUACUUAGCUCGCGCCACGACCGUGGUGCUAGACAUAAAUUAUGGUCACAUCGUUAAAUUAUUGUCCGUUAUCAAACUAUAAUACGUCCUAUCAAGGUUAAUAGAUACCUAAUUUAAGUAAAUCAUGUGAUUUAUGUCCCGCUUAUUAUUUUUUUUUCAUUUGAAUUAUUAUCACUCAACAUUUCUUCUAUAAAUUGGUUAAUUUAUUUCAAAAUUAUUAGUAUUUUAUUUUAUUAAGUAUUUUAGUUAUUUUUCUAAUAUGGAAGAACGCGUGGAUCUAAUUAAAAAGAAAUUGGAUGAUUGCCGUUUAUGUUUCAGCUCUACCAAUGUAACAGUUCACAUAGGGCAGCAUAUUGACGAUCAUUUAUCAAUUGUUGAAAAAAUUCAAUACUGUACUUCACUAAUCGUGAAAGUGGGUGAUAAUUUUCCUCAGAAAAUUUGUACAACUUGUGCCGAAAACCUAGAUUUAAUCUACAAUUUUAAAAGUAAAGCAAUAGCAUGUGAUAUGGAAUUAUCAAGGGACGUUUACAAGUACAUAAAUUUUACUUAUAUUCAAACAUCAGAUGAUCCAUCAAAUAUUACAUACAAAUACUUGGAAGAACAAAACUCUUUGACAAUUGAUACAAAUAACCAAAAUAUUGUACACAUUGACAAGAAUGCAAGUAUAAUUAAAGAAAUUAUGAAUAAUGAAGGUAAAAUGUCAAUUGAAAAAAGAUUGAAUGGGAAUUCAAACAUCUAUCAAGGUUCAAAAACUAAUGAUCAAAAGAAAAGUACAUCAGUUGAUCUUAAACGAAAUUCAGAUAAGUCUUUAUUUGACAAUAAAAAUAACAAUUCAAAACAAAUAAAAAUUGAUAAUGAAAUUGACAAUGAAAAACCAUUGGCUAUUGUUAAAAAUGGCAAAGUUGUAUAUAUUUGCGGUGAAUGUAAUUUUGAAGCAGAAACAAUUAUGUGCCUAGUUAGUCAUCGAGCUCGCUUUCAUUUAAACGUGGGUAGUUUCAAGAGUUCAGAGUGCUCAACUUGUUACAAAUUUUCAGAAAAGCUUAAGCAACACAUUUUAAUGCAACAUAAGGAUACUUUUAAUUGCCAAUAUUGUGAAAAAAGUUAUUCAAACAAACGAAGUCUUGCUCGUCACACCAAAUGCCAUCAAAAUGAAACUCCAUUAGAAUUUCAAUGUGUAAAAUGCAAUGCAUAUUUUGAUACCAUAGACAAAAUGGAAGAUCAUUUUGUAGUACAUUAUGCAAGUCCUUCAAUUAAAUUUGGGUGUGAUCAUUGUGAUUGCACGUUUACAACAUACACGGCAAAACAAAAACAUACCAAUCUUGAUCACUUGAUUGAAAUUGAAUGUGGCAUUUGCCAUGUUGUCUUACCGACUGAAGAAGCUAUGGAUAAACACAAUUAUUCUGUACACCAACCUCAGAAAUAGAAAAAGGAAAUGUACAAGUGCAUUACGUGUGGAAAAUAUUUUUCUUUAUUGAAUAAGUUUUAAAUUAUAAAGAAAUACAUUUAUCUCAAAAUGUAUAGUUUCAAUGACUUAUCAAGCAAGAUUUUUUUAUUUUUUAUUUUUAAAUUUUUGUAAUAUGUCAUGACUGAAUUUAUACUUAUAUAUACACUUAUUAAUUUAUACAAAGUAGUAUAUUUCAAAAUUAUCUUCGAUAUUAAUUUUGAAUAUUAUAUAAGUUACUAACUGCCUAACAAUCUGUAUAAAUACUGAUUAGUGUUAUUACAAAUGUUGGCAUUAUAUAAGAUAUUU